GCUCACUGAGCGGCUCAAUGAGCGGCUGUGUUCUUUUUGGAUGCACCCUGUGCUUCAUAGUCAUAUGUUUUCUGUCGUAAAAAGGUCGCUGUCAAAUUUACCAUAAUUAACGAAUAUUCGUCAGAGUAUAGAUUCAAAAGUUCUCCAACGAGCAAUUUUCAUGCGAUAAACUAUACGUAGUUUUGAAUUUGACACAUCUGUAUAUGAGUGUAACUUAACCUAUAUUCAAACAGUUCUGAGAAACAGCACUCAUACAGGUUACUGUAAACUGUAUGAUUUCAAAGGAAAUAUAUUUUCUAAGUGGAGCACAUUGUUAAACUCUCAAAUUAAAACUCCAUGAAUUGCUCCAGAAGAGUCGCCCGACCAAAGCAGUAACGAAUUAACAAAAGACAUUGAACGAAAGGAAUAUCACUCUAAGAAUCCUCCUUGGAGAGAUCAUUCCUCAAAAUAUACCAAACACCGCAUACCAAGAAUAAACAAGCAUUUAUAUGAAAAUUAUACCAAAGUCUGCACCCGAUAUGAACAGAAAAGCAACUAGUGCAACAGCGAUAUUGAAACAAGAUUACUUGCGUCUCAAGAAAGAUCCUGUACCCUACGUGCUCGCGGAACCGGUACCUUCCAAUAUAUUAGAAUGGCACUACGUAGUGAAAGGCCCAGAAGAAACUCCGUACGAAGGUGGAUUCUACCACGGAAAGCUCAAAUUUCCUGUGGAGUAUCCCUUUCAGCCUCCUAGCAUUUACAUGCGCACACCCAAUGGCCGGUUUAAAGUCAAUACCAAAUUAUGCUUGUCCAUCUCUGAUUUCCAUCCAGACACGUGGAAUCCGGCUUGGAGCGUGUCUACUAUUCUCAUUGGCCUGCUAAGUUUCAUGGUUGAGAAAAGCCCUACUCUGGGUAGCAUUAACACAACGGAUUACGAAAAGAAACAGCUGGCUAUACAAAGUCUAGAAUACAAUUUAAAGGACAAAAUGUUCUGCGACCUCUUCCCAGAAACCGUUGAGGUUAUAAAAAAACAAUUGGAACAUAGGAAAGAGUUAGAGAAGCAGGCAAUGUACCAAUGUACGGCACAAGAAGGUUCGUCCUUGAUACUGAAUCAAUUCCAAAAAGACCAGAGCCCAUUGAGCAGAGUGUUCACCAAUCUUGUUGUCAUCAUCGGCUUCGCGGCAUUCGUUUGCAUAGUGAAAUACGUUCUGACGAGCAUCGCUGUGGAAUAGGUUAAAAGUGGAUGCAAAGCAUUCGUCUCUGUUUUUCUAGAUAAAAUAAGGAGGAUGAAAGGAGUUGUGAUAACAGUGAGAACGUAAGAGUUUGAUCGAGGUAAAGACUUCUAGAGUCCAUCUACUUGUUUGCGUUGUACUAUGCAAUCCUUCAGUUUCGAAUUUGCUGAUGUACGUGUGGUGGAUUUUUAUAUGAAAGUUAACCGUGCAAUGUAAGUUGUGCUGUAUUUACAAACAGGAUAACAGCAAGGGUAACAGAAAUUGUGUUGUAAAUCUGUUGGAGUGUUUAUUAGAAACGAAGCGUCGUAUGCUUUCAUUUGUUUCUAAGAAUUUAACGCUGUUGUCGAUUCAGAUUCUUUCGAUUGGUUAUCUUUAGUUUCAAAGCUAAGUUUGGACACACUUAAAAUUAUUCGAUGCGUUAUGUGCAAGAGUGAAAGAGAGAGUGAGGGACAAGCGUGAAAGAGUAUAAUAAAAUCGUAGGGGCUUUCCACAAUCAUUGACCCAGCUCAAUGAUAGUUAAACAAUUUUUCUAUAACUUUCGUACUUCCAUUUUUCAAUUAAUUUCCGUUACUUCUGAUCAAUUUUCUUUCACGAAACAACACGCUGCACAAACUUAUGUUAAUAAAAUAGCUGAAGUUCAUUCCGCGAUGUGCCAAUGAAAAUCGAAAUUGAAAACCUAAUUGGACUAAUUAGCGAAAGGUUAGCUUAUAUCACAGACAUUGAUUUUGUAAAUAUAUUUAGCAGAUUAGUGAGAAAUACAUAAGUGGUGGAUACGAAUCAAUCUUGAAAAUGUGGUGAUGCAUUCAUUUUAUAUAUGGAUAGUACACAUCGCCUGAAAAAAAAAUAAUUUUCCGAAAAAGUGGAACUGUAACCAUGCUCGCUAAAGCUGUAAAAACAAAUUCUAAUUUAAUCUGAACUCGUCGUGAGCUUAUACAGAGUAAUUAACGAUCGAUGCGUACCAGGAACACUAACGAGAACUGAAAUAGGAUCCGUAAGUCAUUAUUUAUAUUACAUAAAACUGCCUCAAUUUUAUUUAUGAAUUAAACGAUGUAACAAUUUCAUACAGAAGAAAAAAGCGUACGUUUUUUUCAUCUUUUAUUUGUUCGAACAUUAACUAUUCUAUUAAGAAAUUCUUUUAUUUCGUUCAAAUUUGACGAGAAAUAUUCCAGA